AUUUUACAAACGUUCAAGUGAUGAGAGAACGGCCCUCUGAGAGAAUAUCCAAGGACAUAGAUCGUAUUUCUUCUGCAUUAUGGCAUUGAUGGUUGGAGGAAGGCUACAGCUUCCUUUGUCGACAGGGGCGCUAACAUGUAUAUGUAGAAGUGUUAGGAGAUGUUCAGUGUCUGCCAGUGAAUCAAUCAAAAACACUUCUCCCAAUGCUGACUAUGAAAUCAACCCACAAUUUAGGAACAGAAACCCAAGAAAUUUGGAAAAGAUGGCUUUGGCAAGAAAGACAGAAGGAUGGAAAUACCAACAAGGAGCAAGAAAAUUCUACCAUCAAUUAAGUGUAAAAAUUGCCAACAGAAAAACAACGGCUAUAGUCAGGCACUCCAGUGGGACAUUCAUCCUGAAGGUGUCUACAGACUGUCCAGAAAUGAAACAAACGUUCUCAGGCUCCGGAUGCAAUAGAGUGACGCGAGCUCAUUACCUCGGUCAGAUAAUUGCCCAGAGGUGUCUUGAGGCAGGCAUUACACAUGUGGACUUUGAGCCUCCGCAAGGUGACAUUUCUCCAUCGAAUCAAGCUUUUCUUGAAGGGUUGGAAAAGAUGAAAUUAGAAUUGACAGAGCCUGAUGUGAUCAAACCAACCUACCGCCCAGGCAUAGACUACAGUGUAAGGAAUAGAUACGCUGAGCCUAAAAUAUACAGGCAUGAUUACCAGGUGGCUUGACCUAUAUAUAUAUAUAUAAUUAUAAUAAAGAUUGGUCAUCAUUGCC